ACUAAUCCUUUGUCGUUUUGAUGCGGUGUAAAGGAGAGUUGUGCAAGAUGGCGGACCACAUGAAGAAAAUUCGGAGAAAAUUGCAACAGAGAGAAAAGAAGAAAAAGCUAACUUCUACUACAGCAAUGGAGAAGGAGGAAAGUAAUAACGAGAUCACACAAGCAGUAGGUGAAGUUGGAGAAGACGGAGUUCCAGAAACCUCUGUUCAAAAUGGUACAUCAGGUACAGAGGGGAGCUCAGAGGACAGGAAGUCUGACACACCUCUGUCUGAGAAGAAGAAGAAAAAGAAGAAGAGAAAAGUAGAGAAACUGGAUGAGUCGACCACACCAGAAACUCCUUAUGCAAAAGUUCCCAGGAACUCUGAAGAGCAGACCUCUCCACACACAGAGAGUAAUGAGGAGAAGAAAGAACUACCAGAGGAAAAACAAGCAGAGGUCAAGAAGCCCACUGCCAUCCGAGGCCCAGUGACAGAUGUGCCGUUCUCGUCCCUGGAGGAGACUGUGUGUGAACCGACCCUGAAGGGCGUGACAGACAUGAGCUUCACCUGUAUGACUGAGAUCCAGGCGAAGAGCAUCCCUCCACUCUUAGAGGGAAGAGACAUCCUGGCUGCAGCUAAGACAGGAAGCGGGAAGACUCUGGCCUUCCUCAUCCCAGCUGUGGAACUCAUGUACAAACUCAAGUUCAUGCCCAGGAAUGGUACUGGUGUGAUUGUGUUGUCCCCCACACGUGAACUGGCCAUGCAGACGUAUGGGGUACUGAAGGAGUUACUGAAGCACCACUGCCACACAUAUGGGCUCAUCAUGGGGGGAACCAGCAGGUCAUCCGAGGCAGACAAACUGGCCAAGGGAAUCAACAUCGUGGUGGCCACACCUGGGAGACUGUUGGACCACAUGCAGAACACUCCCCAGUUCAUGUACAAGAACCUGCAGUGUCUGGUCAUAGACGAGGCCGACAGGAUUCUGGAAGUUGGAUUUGAAGAGGAACUCAAACAGAUCGUCAGGCUACUUCCAAAGCGUAGACAGACCAUGCUGUUCUCAGCCACACAGACCAGGAAGAUUGAGGAUCUGGCCCGAGUGUCCCUGAAGAAGGAACCCAUGUAUGUGGGAGUGGACGACAAUAAGGACCAGGCUACAGUGGAAGGACUUGAACAGGGUUACGUUGUGUGCCCAUCAGAGAAGAGGUUCCUCCUCCUCUUCACGUUCCUUAAGAAGAAUAGGAAGAAGAAGAUCAUGGUGUUCUUCUCCUCCUGCAUGUCUGUCAAGUACCACUACGAACUUCUCAACUACAUCGACCUGCCUGUCAUGGCCAUACAUGGUCGUCAGAAGCAGACCAAGAGAACCACGACGUUCUUCCAGUUCUGUAACUCUGACACGGGGACGCUGCUGUGUACUGACGUGGCCGCACGAGGUCUGGACAUCCCCGCGGUGGACUGGAUCGUACAGUUUGACCCUCCAGAUGACCCCAAGGAGUACAUCCACAGAGUAGGCCGUACAGCCAGGGCAGGGGGGAGAGGUCAUGCUCUACUCAUCCUGCGCCCAGAGGAGCUGGGUUUCCUCAGGUACCUCAAGGCUGCCAAGGUCCCUUUGAAUGAGUUUGAAUUCUCGUGGAGUAAGAUAGCAGACAUCCAACCACAGCUUGAAAAGCUGAUUGACAAGAACUACUUCCUGCACAAGUCAGCCAUGGAAGGAUACAAGUCCUAUGUGCGUGCUUACGACGCCCAUCACCUGAAGCAGAUCUUCGAUGUCAAUACGCUGGACCUGACCAAAGUGGCGCUGUCAUUCGGCUUCCAAGUGCCACCCAGUGUGGACCUCAAUGUAGCCAGCAGUAAGAAAGCCCUGAAGCAGAAGAAGAGGGAGGGAAGUUUUGGCUACAAAGUUGAGAAGGGUCAGAAGAAAGCUCGCAUCUUCAAGCAGGUCGGCAAGAAAGACAAACGUCAGUUUGUCAGAUAAAACUCAAUAGUAGUUGCUGUAAAUUUUGUCAUAUUUGCAAUGGUUUUAUUUUUACAAUGCCUCUCCACCACGG